AUGGAAGAAACCACUCCGAUGCCUCCUCCGCUGGAUGUUCAGGCUCCAACUGGGAGCAGUGACAAACCCACCAACAGCGUACCCGACGAAGCGAUUGAUGAGCCAAUAUCAAACUCAAAGACCGCUGCUGAUGUCUCUCAUGACUCCAGCAAGUUGCUCCCAGGUCAGAACCAGAAGAAGCUGUCUGGAAAUGCGACCCCUCGUGACGAGACUGGUGACAUGCAGGCCGAGAUCAAACGGCUCAAUCGCCAGAUCCAGGAUCUCAAGAUGAUACACCAAGAAGAGCGAGAGCAACUUGAGGAUGCAUUGGAGGAAGACUAUGAGUUCAGAAGCUGGAGCACGCGUGAAGUCAAAGCACACGGGAUGCCCUUCACUCGAAGCCAUCACGCCUAUGUCGGCGAAAAGGUUCCUCAAGACUUCGCCGAGGAACUGGAUCAAAUUGAGAUUCUUCACUAUGCACGGGAAGCCGAGAGGCAGGCUGUUCAAGCCUGGAGACUCGCUCACCCGGGACAAGAUUAUCAGGCUCCGCUGUCAAAAAGCGGACCACCCAGCACUUCGAUGCUGAAUCGUGUACCAUGGGCUGAGUUCCAACAGUCUCUUGAGGUCGCGGAUCAGUCCAGUAGAUUUGCGGUAGAUGUACUGGUUGGUGAGCCCAACGUCAAGGUCACACUCCCCAGUCUUCGGUAUCGCACUAGAGGAGAAGCUGCAAGAUACGGCUUCGACAAAACAGUCGAUGCUACUGGCGCUACUGCCAGUUCUUCGGCAGCGGCAAAUCUACGAAAGCAGACUGGUAGAACCAUGUCUCGUGGCCAGGGACCACUACCAGAACGUAUUCGUAUCAACUCGACGGCAAUACUGGUAAUUCUGAGUAAGAUAUUCCAGGAGAAAAUCUCAACCGACUUCGAGCCAGUCUUGAUGAUGAGGCCAUUUCGAGGACUGAUCUGGUACAAGGACGAGAUCCGGAAAUGGAGAGAUGAUCUUGAGAAGAAAGUCAUAAAGGCUCAGAUAGAAGCCGAAAAGACGCAAAAUGAGGAGGAAGACAAAGCAGACACUGCCGAAGAAAAGACUACUACCGAUGAGACGCCGGGGCCCAGUGUAGCAGAAGAGGCCUCUGCAAACGAAAAAGAAAUGGAGGAUGAUGGAGAUAAGCCCCAGAAAGAGGAAUCCGCAAACAAAAGCCCAAACCCCGAUCUUGUCGAUUUCUUUGAAAGUAUAUUAAAGGGCCAAAUCCCUAACAAGAAAGAAGAGGAAACUGAUACCAAGGAAGACAAAAGAACGGACAGUGGGAGUAGUAGUCAGGACGUCGAAAUUGACGAUGAAGAGAGUCUCAUAAACACGCAAGAAGCCUUGAACGACCUCAACUGCCUAGUCAACUUCAUUGACCAUGACCUGGAAGACAAGUUGGCCUAUCUCGCUAACGAAGAGUGCACAAAGGUCAUAUGGAGUGACAUUUGGCACCUUUUUAAGCCAGGUGACUUUGUGGUCAGCAAGGACGAGAAGCAGGCAUAUCGCGUUAUCCAAGUCAAAUACGCGACGCACAGCAUGAAGCCACCAACCGGAAGAAACCUCUGGAUGGCAGAAGCAAAAGCCAAGCUUGAUGAUUCGCCAAUUACUAUUCAGUGUGUUUUCUUAGACUUUGAUGGAGAACGGAUCGGUCCCGUUACACAGACCAUAGAUAUUCAUCGGUACGAAGGCGAAAGGAGUAUUCGGUCUCUUUCGAUCGUUCCUAUACGACGGGCCAAGAAUCGCAACCUCAAGGAGGCUUUGAUCAAGCGAGGCUCCAUCUUUAUUGAAGCGUGCGAUCCUCAGCGUCGUGGUAUUCCGAUGCACUACUCGGGCCUCUCCUUAGAAGCACAGGAAGAAAUUGACAGUCAAGUCGUGAUCGACUUCGAAGAAGCAUUCGCCAGCAACGAUGUCGGGGGCAAAACCAAGCCAUCAGGCUGGACGAUCGAAAAGCUGGUCCUCGAAUGUUUUGCCGGCAGUAUAAAGGAUGAGAUGCAGCUAUAUCUGCAUGACGUGCAAACAAACUGGAAACCCGAAUUCAAAGACAUCAACCUAGGAAGUGACUACGAUACGGCCUCCUCAUAUGACAGCGAAGGCAGCGAUCGUGAGCGUACUCGCGGACGCCGGGCUCAGAUGAAUCGAACUUGUCUUCCACAGUGUUGUUCGAACGAGAACGUUCACGAUGAUGUUUUCGUGGAGCAUAAUAGGAGCAGUGAAUUUGUGCAGAGUCAGUUUUGGGAGGAUGAUUUGAAUGAGGGGAUGCCGUCAUUGACUAUCACGGCGAGGCCUUUGAGAGAGGCGAUGGAGGAUGAGGAUUAUAUCACUGAUGAUGACAAGUUGAUCACCAGUUAUAGGGUUUUUGGGUUUAUUAUGAGGAGUAGAAAGUGGGCUAAGCUUGACUUAACCUACCUCGGACCCAUGAAGGGGCAGAAUACUUUCGACCUACUCGUACUCCCAACUGGACACAGAGAAAUGGUGGAGAGUCUGGUGACUCAGCAUUUCUUGGACAAGGCGUCUGCUUACGAUGAGACGGAUGAAGUGGAUAUCGUCCGUGGAAAAGGCAAGGGCUUGAUUCUGCUUUUGCAUGGAGCACCUGGAGUAGGAAAGACGACGACAGCGGAAUGCGUUGCGACAUACUUCCACAAGCCGUUAUUCCAGAUAACUUGCGGCGAUUUGGGGUCUACAGCAGACGUCGUUGAGAGUCGCUUGGAGAAGAACUUUGCUCUGGCGAGUCGAUGGGGGUGCAUUCUGCUAAUCGACGAAGCUGAUGUCUUCCUCGAGGCUCGGCAGACAGAGAACUUUGAUCGUAACAGUCUUGUAGCUGUCUUCCUUCGGACCCUCGAGUACUAUACCGGUAUUCUCUUCCUCACCACCAACCGUGUCGGCACCUUCGACGAAGCUUUCACGUCACGCAUCCACAUCAGUCUAUACUACCCUCCUCUCAACCUAGAAUCCACAGUUGCCGUCUUCAAGGUGAAUCUCACGCGCAUCAAAGCCCGCUUCGAGAAGAAGAAAGAAAGAGGGGAAGCCGAGCUUGAGCUAGAUGAGCUGUCGAUCGCCACAUUCAUCCAUCGCUAUUUUGAGAAGAAUAAGGAUGCACGCUGGAACGGUCGUCAGAUCCGUAAUGCUUGUCAGACAGCGUUAGCACUGGCUGAAUUUGAGGGCCAAAAGCUAGCUAACCCAGGGGCGAGCGGCGGGCGUAACGUCAUGGAGUUCGCAGCCAUGUCGAAGAAGAUGAUCAAGGUCAAGCUGGCAGAAAAGCACUUCCAAGACGUUGCCAAGGCAUAUCUGGCAUUCAUAAAGUAUCUUCGGGAAGUACAUGGUGUCAGUGCAGCGCAACAAGCUAAGAACUACCGUCUGCGUCAUGAUCGAUGGGGUCUUGGUGAGUCAGCUAGUCUCCUUGCUUCAAGACAAAGAGAGUAUGGAGCAGCGGGCAAGCCAGAAUAUGGACAGCAGUAUGGUCCGAGACCAAGUGGAAGAGGAGACAAGCAGACACGAGGACCACGGUAUCAACAAGAAAAGCACGUGGAUGAUGAGGACAUUGCAGAAGAGUACGGAUAUUCCAACGAAUACCAUGGGUAUGAUGAUGAUCAAGGGCUCAUGCAGGACGACGACGAUGGUAGGGACUUUGAGAACGGACCGUCGUUUGAUGAAGAGGAUGAUUAUGAGGAGGGCUAUCAAGGCCGUCCUACCGCGCGAGGCAAACAGCCGGCGCAGAACUAUGACCAAGACUUUAGGGAUAACAAGUACUACCCUGAUGAUGAGCAGGAAACUGUCAAGUACGGACCAGGUCCUUCGCAGCCGGAGCGACAUAUGGCUCGUGCUGGAAAUCGGGGAAGAGGCUCCGGCCGCGGCCAACAAGCGUCAAGAAGGGAGAGUCACGUUCCCAAGAGAAGAAUGAUUCCAGGUGCAUAUAGAAAAGCACUACCUGAUGAAGCUGACUGA